CGCCUCCUCCUCAAUGUGAGGGGAGCGCCCGGACACAACGCGCAUCCGGACCGAGCCGAUCCCGGGAGAACCCCCCCUCCACGACUCUUCUCCAGGAUCCACGCCCCUCCCCUCCCAGACCCCAGACCCGUGGGUUCCUACCCCCUCCCGUUCCCUUCUUUCCUCCCCCACCGCCUCCAAUAUCUCCAUCCCUAGCAUCCUCCCCGUGCUCCUGCGAAUCCCCCGCACAGACAGCCCCACUAGUCUCCUACCCUCAAGACCCCCCUUUCCCACUGCAUCCGCGGCCUCUGCCCAUUGAGCCCGCAUUCCCGCCCCUGUCUUCCCCUCACCCGAGCUUCUCCCCCAGUCCCCUGUCCCCUUUUCUACCCUCUUUUCCUUCAUCCCCAUUUGCCCCCACUACUGUCCUCCCCACCCUUCUCCGCCCAUCUCAACGCCCCCACCCAGACCGGGGUGCACGAUCCGGCGCGCCUCUCUGGAGCAGCACCAAGGUCCCGGGGCUCCAAGGGGGUGGGGGCGCAGGGCGGGGAGCAUGGGGAGGGGGCGCCCCAUGUGAUGGGAGGGGGGCGCAAGAGGAGGCGGCGGAGGCGGCGGCGACAGCGGAGCCGGGCCGGGGGCUCAGAGGGGUCCGGGGGCUGGGGGCAGCGAGCAGGGCGGCCCCAUGGCCGGGCCCCCCCUGAGGCAGACCCGGGGAGUCCCCUCCCCUCCCCAGCUCGGGGGUCUCCGGGCCCCAUGAGCCGGGGCGCGGGCGCGCUUCAGCGCCGGACAACGACCUACCUCAUCUCGCUGACCCUGGUCAAGCUCGAGUCGGUACCUCCGCCGCCGCCUUCUCCGUCUGCAGCCGCGGCCGGCGCCCCCGGGGCCAGAGGCUCCGAGCCCCGAGAUCCUGGCAGCCCCCGAGGCGCGGAGGAACCCGGCAAGAAGCGGCACGAGCGUCUCUUCCACCGGCAGGAUGCGCUGUGGAUCAGCACCAGCAGCGCGGGCGCCGGGGGCGCGGAGCCCCCCGCGCUGUCCCCGGCUCCGGCCAGUCCGGCUCGCCCGGUCUCCCCGGCUCCGGGUCGCCGACUGUCCCUGUGGGCCGCCCCUCCGGGACCCCAGCUCUCCGGGGGGCUGAGCCCGGACUCCAAGCCGGGGGGCGCUCCUUCCUCCCGGCGCCCUCUACUCAGCAGCCCGAGCUGGGGGGGUCCGGAACCUGAAGGCCGGACGGGUGGCGGCGUCCCGGGCUCGUCCUCCCCGCAUCCUGGCACCGGUAGCCGAAGGCUCAAGGUGGCGCCUCCUCCACCAGCUCCCAAGCCUUUCAAGACCGUGACCACUAGUGGAGCCAAAGCCGGCGGGGGCAAGGGCGCGGGUAGCCGCCUGUCAUGGCCCGAAAGCGAGGGCAAACCCAGGGUCAAGGGGUCAAAGAGCACCGCCGGGACUGGAGCUUCUGCCGUUGCGGCCGGCGGGGGAGGGGGCGCUGCAGUCACGACCUCUGGUGGGGUCGGGGCUGGGGCUGGAGCGAGAGGGAAGUUGUCCCCUCGGAAAGGCAAGAGUAAGACCUUGGACAAUAGUGACUUGCACCCAGGACCCAGUGCCGGCUCUCCUCCGCUCACGGUGCCAGCAAUCCCAGUUCCAGCUACUUCUGUUACUGCCGCCUCCACGCAGCCCCUCGGGCCUGCACCCCCUAUCACUCUGGAGCCACCAGCUCCGGGGCUGAAAAGGGGCCGGGAGGGCGGCCGAGCGUCCACUCGUGACCGCAAGAUGCUCAAGUUUAUCAGCGGUAUCUUCACCAAGAGCACAGGAGGGCCUCCCGGCCCCGGGCCCCUUCCCGGACCCCAAGGCUUGUCUUCCAGCAGCGGGUCCAGGGAGCUGCUGGGCGCAGAGCUCCGCGCCUCCCCUAAGGCUGUGGUCAAUAGCCAGGAAUGGACUUUGAGCCGAUCAAUUCCCGAACUGCGCCUGGGUGUACUGGGUGAUGUCAGGAGUGGGAAGUCAUCCCUCAUCCACAGAUUCCUUACAGGUUCAUACCAGGUGCUGGAGAAGACUGAGAGUGAGCAGUAUAAGAAGGAGAUGCUGGUGGAUGGUCAGACCCAUCUGGUGCUGAUCCGAGAGGAAGCAGGGGCACCCGAUGCCAAGUUCUCAGGCUGGGCAGAUGCUGUGAUCUUCGUCUUCAGCCUGGAAGAUGAGAGCAGUUUCCAGGCUGUGAGCCGGCUCCACGGACAGCUGAGCGCCCUCCGUGGGGAGGGCCGAGGAGGUCUGGCCCUGGCUCUGGUUGGAACCCAAGACAGGAUCAGCGCGACGUCUCCUCGAGUGGUGGGUGACGCGAGAGCCAGGGCUCUGUGCACGGACAUGAAGCGUUGCAGUUACUACGAGACCUGUGCAACCUACGGGCUCAACGUGGAUCGUGUCUUCCAGGAGGUGGCCCAGAAGGUGGUGACCUUGCGCAAACAGCAGCAACUCCUGGCUGCCUGCAAGUCCCUGCCCAGCUCGCCGAGCCAUUCAGCUGCGUCUACUCCUGUAGCUGGGCAGGCUAGUAACGGGGGGCACACUAGCGACUACUCUUCUUCCCUCCCAUCUUCACCCAAUGUUGGACACCGGGAGCUCCGAGCUGAGGCAGCUGCAGUGGCUGGGUUGAGCACCCCAGGGUCCUUACACCGAGCAGCCAAGCGGCGAACCAGCCUUUUUGCGAACCGUCGGGGCAGCGAUUCUGAGAAGCGGAGCUUAGACAGUCGAGGAGAAACAACAGGGAGUGGGCGAGCCAUCCCCAUCAAACAGAGUUUCCUGCUAAAGCGAAGUGGCAAUUCCUUGAACAAAGAAUGGAAGAAGAAAUAUGUGACCUUGUCCAGCAAUGGCUUUCUACUCUACCACCCCAGCAUUAAUGAUUACAUCCACAGUACACACGGCAAAGAGAUGGACUUGUUACGAACAACGGUCAAAGUCCCAGGCAAGCGGCCCCCAAGGGCUAUCUCUGCUUUCGGCCCCUCAGCCAGCAUCAAUGGGUUGGUCAAGGAUAUGAGCACCGUCCAGAUGGGUGAAGGCCCCGAAGCCUCUACUCCCAUGCCAAGCCCCAGCCCCAGCCCCAGUUCUCUGCAGCUUCCAACAGACCAGACAUCCAAGCACCUGUUGAAGCCAGACCGGAAUUUGGCCCGUGCCCUUAGCACCGACUGUACCCCAUCUGGAGACCUGAGUCCCCUGAGUCGGGAACCCCCGCCUUCGCCCAUGGUGAAGAAGCAGAGGAGGAAGAAACUGUCCACACCUUCUAAGACUGAAGGCUCGGCUGUGCAGGCUGAAGAGGAAAACUUUGAGUUCCUGAUCGUGUCCAGCACUGGUCAGACGUGGCACUUUGAGGCAGCCAGCUUCGAGGAGCGGGAUGCUUGGGUUCAGGCCAUCGAGAGUCAGAUCCUGGCCAGUCUGCAGGGCUGUGAGAGCAGCAAGGUCAAGCUGCGCACUGACAGCCAAAGCGAAGCCGUGGCCAUCCAGGCGAUCCGAAACGCAAAGGGAAACUCGACCUGCGUGGACUGUGGAGCCCCCAACCCUACGUGGGCCAGUUUGAAUCUGGGCGCACUCAUCUGCAUCGAGUGUUCUGGCAUCCACCGGAACCUGGGCACACACCUUUCCCGAGUGCGUUCGCUGGAUUUGGACGACUGGCCGCGGGAGCUGACCCUGGUGCUGACGGCCAUUGGCAACGACACGGCUAACCGUGUGUGGGAGAGUGACACUCGGGGCCGUGCCAAGCCCACGCGGGACUCUUCGCGAGAGGAGCGUGAGUCGUGGAUUCGCGCCAAGUACGAGCAGCUGCUGUUCCUGGCGCCUCUGGGCACCACGGAGGAGCCGCUGGGCCGCCAGCUGUGGGCCGCUGUGGAGGCCCAGGACGUGGCCGCUGUUUUGCUGCUUCUGGCUCACGCUCGACAUGGGCCGCUCGACACCAGUGUGGAGGACCCGCAGCUCCGCUCGCCGCUGCACUUGGCGGCCGAGCUCGCCCACGUUGUCAUUACACAGCUGCUGUUGUGGUACGGCGCGGACGUGGCGGCCCGCGAUGCGCAGGGCCGCACGGCUCUGUUCUACGCCCGCCAGGCCGGCAGCCAGCUGUGUGCAGACAUCCUCCUCCAGCACGGCUGCCCGGGAGAGGGCGGCAGUACGGCCACUACGCCCAGCGCGGCCACUACCCCCAGCAUCACCGCCACGCCCAGCCCGAGGCGCCGGAGCAGCGCUGCCAGCUUGGGCCGCGUGGACACCACGAUCGCGCUGGUAUAGUUGCCCAGCAGCGGGAGAGACACAUCCCCCCACCCCCGCGCGGGCCGGGCACGACUGCACCGGGUGGACCGUUGGACAGAUGCACCCACUCACCUCUCCAGUCUGCACCCCGCCCCAUGGGAGCACUUUCUAUCCCCACGAGGGCACAGCCCCGCACGCCUCCCAGGAGACACAAACUCACCUCCCUCUUCCCAGCGAGGCAUGGAGACCCUAGCUCACGCCCCUACAACACAGUUUCCUUACUUGGAUUGCCCUGGGUCUACCUGCUGGGUGUUUGUAGAUGGGCACUCCCUUGCAGCUGUUUGGGCUCCAAGGUGCUUGGACUUUGCUGGCUCGUGCCCCCUAGGGGCAGGGAAAAAAUCCAGUCCUGCCUGCGUUCUACAAUCUGGUGGCGGGAGCCGAAACCCAGGCUGGCUCCUGGGGCAACGCCACGCCAGAGGGAGGGGUUAGUAUGGGAAUGACUAGCCCUGGGACUUGGGACCAAUUUGGGGACCCCACCCCUUCCAUGCUAAUCUCACUGCCCAGUGAGGGGGGAGGGCAGCGAGGGGCAGGACCCCUGCUGCCCAUGGAGGUGGAGGGGUCCCCAACCCUUUCCGUGAAAGGGACCAUGAGGAGCGGAAAUCAGAUAUCCCCCCUCUACCUAACUAUGAAUGGAAGCUAAAGAGCCAGGGGGAGCCGAGAGCCUGGGUCCUUCCCCUUACGAUCUUGGGGUGGGGGAGAAGGAUUGGAACAGGAGGGGACUAGAGAGGGGCCUUGUAAUUUAUUGCUUUGUUCCCCAACAUGGGGAUGGGGUGGGUAGGGGCGAGGGGAGGGCAUUUCAGGGUAGGGGAAGCCAGGGGUGGGCAGGGGUGGGGUGGGGUGGGGGUGCUCUCGGGUUGUGUCUGUGACCGUGACUGCGUACCUGUGACUGUGCAGCGCCCGUGGUGAUCUGGGGUAGGGGGCACCCCUACAAUGGGACCCCUCCCCCAUAGUCCUUUCUGUCCAGCCCCUCUCUCCCUGGAGCAGCUCCAGGUCUGUUUUUUCUAUCCUUUGCUCCCUCCCAGCCAGGGCUGAGAGGGUGUGCAGUGGCUAGGAGGGUUUCAAGGUCCUGGCCACAUCCCCAGAAAGGGGGAGGUGGUGUGGACUUAUCUGGCCCAGCCCUGCCACCCUUAAGUCAACUCGGCUUUGGGCCGUCUGUGUCAGUGGUUUCCGGUCUUUUUUUUUUUUUCCUGGCUAAAAUAUUUUGCAAAAGACCAGGUAAUUGGGGAGUGGAGUAGAGAGGGGGCAGGGGUUACCCCCCUCACCUCCAAAGCAGGUGGUGUGAAUCUUAACAGCAAUUAAAGAGCAAGUGAUUUUGUCUA